CUCCACCUAAGCUCCGCCUCUUCUCGCCAUCACACUUCCGGCCUCUCAGCCCUUCUCCCGCCCUGCCGCUUCCGGUUGGGACUCCAUAGCAACCGAGGCCUAGCCGGUGGACGCCGCUCGAUUGGAGCCUCGUCAUGGCGGAGGUAGAGGAAACACUGAAAAGGAUUCAGGCCCACAAAGGAGUUAUUGGAACUAUCGUCGUAAACGCAGAAGGGAUCCCAAUCCGAACAACGCUCGACAACUCCACCACAGUUCAGUAUGCUGGCCUUCUCCAUCAGCUCACCAUGAAAGCAAAGAGCACCGUCCGAGACAUUGAUCCCCAGAACGAUCUCACCUUUCUCAGGAUUAGAUCAAAGAAACAUGAAAUUAUGGUUGCCCCAGAUAAGGAGUAUCUCCUUAUUGUUAUCCAGAAUCCAUGUGAAUAGAUCUACUACACCAGUCUAAGGGAGCAGUGCUACAAUUUUGGAAGUGUCCAGUCUAGUCUCUACUAAAUUAACGUCAUAACAUUCCACUAAGAAUUUUGUCUUAAAUGUAAAACUGUGGAAUCAGGAAAGGUCUUUGUCUCAUUGUACGAUCUCAUUGUAUUUGCCUUUUGAUUAUGAAAAUGUAUUCCUAACUCCUUAAAAAAAUAAUAAACCCAAAUGUUUAAAGCAA